AUGGAAAAGGCUUCCGAAAGCGAAACAGGUGGAGAGGGCAUAGAACAUUUUUCCGCUCGGCCGUACCAAGUGGAGCUUCUGGAGCGGGCGAAGGAAAGGAACACCAUCGUAUGUCUGGGCACGGGAACUGGCAAAACGUUUAUAAGUGUCAUGCUCAUAAAAGAACUCGCUCAUGAAGUAAGAGGAAACUAUAAAGACGGCGGGCAAAGAACUUUCUUCCUUGUAAAUAGAGGUAGUUAUGUAUGUUUUGUGUGUUUGAGAUCGGCUUUACCGUGGAGGAGGGGGUACGAUAUCUCAGCGUGGGGUAUGAUAUCUCAACUUUCCUUGCCAGAAACUAAAAUAUAAGAUCAAGAAUGUGGUCUAAAUUUGUACUCCCUUGAGUUAAAAGAAUGUUGAGGAUCACCAACAAAAUCUCAUCCACUUUUAACUAACAUGUUCUUCCUUUUUUUCCAGUUCCACUGGCCAGCCAACAAGCAAAAGCGAUCGCUAAUCAUACAGACUUGAAAGUCAAACAUUACGUUGGAGAGAUGGGAGUAGAUUACUGGGACAAGCCCACUUGGGAAAACGAGUUCAAUACAAGCAACGUUCUGGUCAUGACAGCUCAAAUAUUCCUCAACCUGCUUUUGCAUGGCUACAUACUUCUUUCGCAAGUAAAUCUCUUGAUCUUUGAUGAAUGCCAUCAUGCCAAGAAUAAGGAUCCUUACAGCCAGAUUAUGGAGUACUACAGCACCUGCCAGCAGCGCCCAUUACCCAAAGUUUUGGGUUUAACUGCCUCGAUAAUAAAUGGAAAAGUAAAACCUUUUCAAAUCGAAUCGGAGAUCCAAGAGCUGGAACGCACAUUAAGAUCUACAUGCGAAACAAGUCAAGACGAAGAUGUUGAAAAAUAUGCUGUUAAACCCGAAGAACUGGUCCUUGAUUACCCGAGCCAGAGCACUGAUGAAAACGUGAACAUUUUAAUCCAAAUCCUCUCAGAUGUCUUAAAACCAGGAAUUGGUUUUCUCCGUGGUCUGAAGACCAAUAAUGACGAGAAUGCACACCGGUGCGCCAAGCUCGCUAAGUCCGCCCUGAGCGAAUGUAAGGAGACAUUGUAUGACCUGGGCCCUUGGGCUGCUUUUAAAGUGGCAGAAUACCUAAUCGAGGAUCUAGGUAAGGUACUGUUUUAGAUUUAGAGAUAACUGUACCUGUACCCCAAGUUCAAGUCAAGUUUUUGAAAAAUCAUAAUACGGUCAACACGAACCAAAUGUUAUAAAUAUUAUCCACAAAGAAGUGAAAAAUCUCAUGCCUUCAUUUCCAAAAAUUUUGGCCUUGAAGGUUUGCUUUAAAAUUUGCUUUAACUCACUACACCCUGACAUCAGUAGGCAUAUUCUCCAUACUGUUCUCUAUACAUUUCUGAAGGUGCUGACAAGGAGAACUUGUUGAACAAUCAAGAGCCUUUUUAGUUGGUGAUCAUUUCCUAUAUUCUUGUUACCUUAAUGGUUGAUUCAGGGGUAAUAUUGUAACGAGAAAUUGGAUUCUAGUUACUCUGAGGGUCCUUCAAGACAGAGAGGGCAGGGUUCAAAGCAGCAAAGAAGGACAAUUGUUUUGUGAAUUUAGUGCCACCCAGCUACGUCAACUGCAAGGCAUUUACUGUAAUUUUACUGAAAGUAAUGGGUCUGAGGACAGCCAACAUUGUUACUUCACGCCUAAACUUGAAAAACUUCUAAGUGUUUUCAAGGAGUUUGCUAACUCACAGCAUGAAGGUAAGGAAUACUCAGCUGACUGCUUUAUUUACGAAAGUCGAAUUUUUAUAUCCUUAGUGAAACCAAAACAGAAGAUUAGCAAAGUGGAUAUUUUUGCAUUUCUUAUCACUAUUUGACCCUUUCACUCUUAAGAUCUCUCCUGAUUGUGUGCCAAACCUUCCUAAAAUUUCAACCCUGAGACUUUGUGUUUAAUUUCCAAACAUCCUCAGCCCAUUAUUUUUCUCUCUCCUUGGCUUAUUUAUAUUUUGAAUUGUAAUGGUAUUGUGAGGAGAAAUUUGGUUUGGUUCAUUCUAAGCAGUAAGAGGUUGAGUGGAAUCCUCUGGCAAAGCAUUGGAAAUAACAUCAAUAAUAACAAUAGCAAUGAUAAUAAUAAUAGUGAUGAUAAUGAUGAUAAUAAUGAUAAUAGUAGUAAUUGUAGUGGCAAUGUUAAUGAUAAUGGAAAUGAUAAUGAUGAUAAUAGAUACUGUAUCAUGUUUCAGAGAGAGUCAAGAUUUAGCAGAAAAUUUAAACUUCUGAAGUUAUCUCCUCAUUCAAUUGAGAAACAACUUUCAGUUGAAGAACAAAUCACAAAAGAGGCAAAAAGAUGAAACAUGGCUACAUCUGCUACCCAGCUUCACCUUCAAGAAGAUUUAGCCAUUUGUUAAAAAUUAUAUUAAUAAUAAUGAUCUUGUAGGUUUAUUUUUGUUUUUGUAUUUAUCCUUACACAUUCAAAAGCCAGCUUUUAAAUUGGCUCUUUCUUGAAAUCUGUUUUAUGAAUUUUAUGAGUGAUUUUAGGAUGCCACUCUGCAAAACAGCUUGGUGAUCCUCAGUUUGGUUAUUUUGCAGCAUCUGAAGUGGAGAAGACUCUCUGUGCCAUUGUAUUUGUUGAAAGACGAUACACAGCACUGAUCCUCAGCAAACAGCUUAACAUGGCUGCAAAACAUGACCAUGAGCUCUCAUUCAUCAAAAGCAACUUUGUGAUUGGUCAUGGCACAGGUGCAGGGGUUAACUACUCCAGUAACACUGAGAUGAAUUCCAAGAAACAGGAGGAAGUGCUGCGCAAGUUCAGAAAUGACAAGAAAAGACAUGAAUUCAAUGUGCUGAUAGCCACCUCUGUUGUUGAGGAGGGAUUAGAUAUUCCCAAGUGCAAUGUUGUCUGCAGGUUUGAUUUCCCAAAGAAUUAUCGUUCCUAUGUACAGUCAAAGGGCAGAGCUCGUGCCAAAGGUUCCAAGUACUACAUGCUGGUGGAUGAAAAGGAGCAAGUGGAAAAAGAGAAUGAAUUGGAGGUAAAUUUUUUUCAGUAGCUAAGUCAGUAAAAAUGCAAACCCAUUCUGGUGAUUGUCAUUGAUAAUGUAUAGCUGAGGUUGUAGAGCACUAGACUGCUGUAUGGAAGGUUGAGGGUUCAAGCCCCAGACUGGAGCAACCCCCAGGGUCUUAGAAUAACUGAAGAGUGUGCUGCCUUUGCUAAGACAUCUGCAAAUAGUUAGACAUUAUAGAAUACUCAGAUAAGGAUAAUAAGCGAUAAGCCCCAUCUUCUGCAUCUCCUCUGUACUUGUUAGCAGGAGAAAUUAAGGAACCCAUACAUUUCUCACAAAAAUAGGAACAUAGAUGUCAGUGUCAUAGUCUGGCCUUUAGAUUGUUUGUACAGGCUUCAAUUUAAACCAGCUUUAAGCUGAAUUGUGAAUGCUGGUUUAAAUAUCAUAAAUAAAUACAUAACCUGGGUGAAGUACAACUUAAGGAAUGUUCAUUCUUCUUCAUCUUAAUGUUCAUGACGUAUACCCUAGAUGCUACGUGAAAUUGAGAAAAUCUUGUUGGAAAAAUGCCAUGAUCGGUCCGAGCCAUCACUGGAGGAGUGUAAUGAGUCAGUAGACACAGAUUUAUUGCUGCCGUACAUACCAGUAAAUGGCAAGGGAGCUAGAGUAACUAUGAGCAGUAGUGUUUCUCUACUUUCAAAGUAAGUGCAAGGAAUUUACUUUGAAUUUUGAUGUAGUUCUAAAUUUGAGAUAAUUGGUUGACUUGUUUAUUGUUGAGUAAUAUGGUUGUAAAAAAGGACAAUGCUCCAUCUAUGACGCAUCAUGAAAAGGGAUGAUGUGUAUUUACUAUGAGUAUUGCUGCAAAGCUGACUGCUAACUGAUCACCCAGUAGCAACAACGAACUGAUUUUUUAAUUGACAGCUCUUCAGUGUUCUCUUUUUCUGGAGGCAACUAGUAAAAUUUACUGCCUGUUUUGAUUCACUGAAAUCACUUGGAAUUCGUGAAAAUUUAGCGGGUAAAAGGAUAAUUCUACCAGUUUAAAAUUUUUUUUUACCUGUCAUGUUUAAAAUAAGGGAGUUCACUGCCUCUUUAAAAGCUCUUACACCAUGACAACAUAAAAGUUAUACUCUUAUAAAUUUAAACUCAGGGAUGUAGAAUAAUCCCUGUACUUAAUUACUUAUUACAAACUUUAUAAAACUGGAACUUUAUCAAAAUGUCUACUUUUGUCUUUUCAGGUACUGUUCAAAGCUUCCAGGAGACCUGUUUACUCAGCCCAAGCCAGUUUACAAGGUUGAAGAAACUGUGAAAGAUGGUUACAAGUGUAAACUAACACUCCCAAUAAACUGUCCACUACGUGAAGAUAUAAUAGUGAGUUUGGAGGACUUCUCUUUUUUUAAAUAAAGAAAUAAAAACCUUACCAUAGAAAUUUGCCUAUUUUCACUGUCAUUCUCAUCGGCCAUUGACAAUGUUUAUCUGUCUUCUGAUUGGUUAUUGGUACUUUGGUUUUGGUGUUGUGACUCUCAAAUAAAACUGCUCUCAUUCUUUGAACCAAGUUUCAAGGAAAAGCACUGUACUUUAAAAGGAGAAUUGUUUGUUAGCUCUUGGGAAUUAACCCUGUAACUCUCCAAGAUUCUAAAAGUAAUUCUCCCAACUCACUACCAUACAUUUCCUUGUAAAUUGGAGAGGAGAAUAUGGUGUUGUAUCAAGACAACACCUUAAAGCUGAUGAACUUAUAUGUUCUCAUAGCCUGUUGGCUAUGUAACAUAUUGGAAUUACAAGGAGAAAUUACAUACUAAUCGCUUAUUAGAGAGUCAUCUCUGUCUGCAUUUCAACAGAGUGAACCAAUGCCGAGUAAGAAGCAAGCCAAGAUGGCGGCUGCGCUCAAAGCCUGUGAAAGGCUUCACACGAUUCGCGAGCUUGAUGAUAACCUGUUACCAAAGCAGACUUUAUCUGACGAGGAAAGUGAUUUGGAAGAAGAAGCAGCAGCUGAGUCUGACGGAAAGGCACCAAAAGCUGGAACAAAGAAGAGAAGACGGCGGUAUAGGAGAAAGGUAAGCAGUUGAAUUUCACAAUGUUGGCCUGUGACUUACUCAUUAAACUGUUAACUUACAUAUCUCAGUAGAAUGUCGCAGGCAAUGUCUAAGCAUGAAUUUUGGUGGUCAGCUAGAGGGUCUGCCGCUCCCUGAGUAAUAAUCGGCCCCAUUCUUAUCGGUCAAAUUAUAGCCAACUCAGUGAUCAAACGUCGGAAUCACCAACUUUUUUUAGCUUUAACAAACAAGUUAUUCGCUUCUGAAACGCCGUGACUUAGUGAUCAUGAAACCAUGAAAUCAGUGUUCGAAUCCUCACGUUGAACUCAAGCUUUUCCUUCGCUUCACGCUCUUGACAAAUAUUUACACCUUCUUUACCUAAUGUUUUGUUCUUUUCCAGGUUCCUGAAGUAUUUGUCAGCAGCUUGGUACAGGAUUGUCAGCCCCAGUUCCUCACGACCAUCACCAUACAAGUCACUAAACUUACUCAGCCACAAGAGUUUGUCAUUAGUGAGCGACUGUUCCUCGAUAAAACUUGCACGUUUGGAAUGCUGACAACGAAAAGAGUUCCUUGGGUUAGUACUUGAUUAUUAAUAUUUCAUUCGUUAUCAGGUAACCGAAUUCUGUGGAGCAAUUUUCAAUCCAGUGUCGCGCUGUGAUUGGUCCAGAAAGCUUGCACCUUUCUAUCAGCCAAUCAGCUGCAAACUAAAACCAAUCACGACUUGGUCGCCUGCGUUUUCCCGCGCUUUAGGCAGUUUGGUUGUUUUUACUUUCAGUUCCCGCAAUUCUCAUUGGUUCCUAAAGGUCCACGAUUGCAGCAUAUAGCACUUUUACCACACACACUGUAGAUGUUGCCCUACAUCCUACAAUGCAAUUUUUUCACUCUUCAGAUUCGAUCGUUCAAACUCUUUCCUAACUAUGGCGAAAUCACAGUAUCCUUGCAGUGUCACAGAUCUCCUUUGCCGCGUGUUAAAAUCACUAAACAAGAGUUGGACAUUAUUCGAGAGUUUCAUCUCUUUCUCUUCAGCCACGUUCUACGCUAUCCCGUGGAAUUCACACCAGGAAGCGUAGAUGGUUACUUCAUUGUUAUGUUGAAGGCUUCAGGAAGGAGUAUUGACUUUGAUUACAUGAGAGAGGAGCUUUCGCGCGCAUCCAAACAAAGCAAUGGAAAUCAGCGCAUCGUCGUGGACGCAGUAGUAACAAAGAACUACGUUGAAUCUCCACAAAAGUACGCUGUUUUGAAUGUUCGUGACGAUCUGACUCCGAUGUCUUCGUUCCCGGAAAAGUCGCAGGGCAACAGUUACGAAGAAUAUUUUCGCCUUAAAUACGGAGAAAAGGGAUGCAUUGCGAACAAGAAUCAACCUCUCGUUGAAGUGAAAGAGCUCUCCGCUAGAGUGAAUUUUCUUGUGGACCAAAAACGAGGAACAAAAAACAAGCGAGAUGUGAUUUGUCUUGUUCCAGAGUUGUGUGACGAUAUUCCCAUUCGCGCUUCCCUUCUCAGCGUGUCUCAGAUUCUACCAUCUAUUCUUCAGCGUGUCACCUCCCUCCUUCUCGUUGCCGAUCUCAAGGCCAUGGUUACUUGUGUACGCAAUACAACAGAUGAAUCAACCCUUCCUCCCAUUGGAGCUGAAGAGGGCUCAAGAGAAGCGCCCAUGAAGGUUGAAGACGAUACUUGGGACCCUGAAAAAGAUGAUGCGCUUUUCCCCGGCAUCAGGUUGAUGUUCCCUCACAGUCCACCAUCUGCUAACCACCCCGACUCCUUUCUCGUUCUUCAAGCUAUUACCACCACCCACAGCGGAGAUGCAUUUAAUCUGGAGAGGCUGGAGAUGCUGGGGGACUCAUUUCUGAAGCUGGCCGUGUCUAUUCAUCUCUUCUGCACAUACAGCGAUAAAGACGAAGGCAAGCUGACCCGACGUAGGACAAACCAGAUUAGUAAUUUAGCGUUGUACCGAGCAGCGGCAAAGAAAUCUCUGGGCGAGUAUCUCCAGAACACGCAGUUGGCUCGCGACGUUUGGUGUCCUACGGGAUGUCAGUUUGGCGACGUACCACCGAAUCGCACCACAGGUAGCCCACCCAUGGAAGUUGACAGCUGGGACACGGUCGAGGCGAUGAAAGUUGACGAGACCUCAGAGAGUGGAAAGAAGACAAAACUUACUGUUACAGAGCAUGCGCGCCAGAAAUGCAACACUCAAAUGAUAGCGGACAAGUCCAUAGCUGACAGCAUCGAAGGACUAAUCGGAGCGUAUCUAAUAUCCUGUGGUUAUCUUGGCGCGUUGCGAUUUAUGAAGUUUCUGGGGCUAAAAGUUUUACCUGAAGUUGUCGUCAACGUCGACAUUGAUCCGCGGGCGGAGAAUAGUAAAGCGGGUUGCUAUGCUAGAUUUUGGCCGGAUCAGACAAAAAUAACAGCAGCGCAAGAUAAAGGAGAUAUGGUUUUCCGCCUCACUUCUGGCCUGGAAAACUUUGAAAACGAAUCAAUCUCGUACAAUUUCCAGCACAAGUUGUAUUUGGUAGAAGCGCUAACCCACGCGUCCUACCACGAAAACCGUGUCACGCCAAGUUACGAAAGACUCGAGUUCCUCGGCGAUGCUCUGUUAGACUUUUUGGUCACGCAACAUUUGUACUUCCGUCACGUCAACUUGUCACCCGGAGAACUGACCGAUAUACGACAGGCCUUGGUGAACAAUAACAUCUUUGCCGCCCUUGCCGUAAAACACAGCUACCACAAGUAUCUGAAGCAUAUGUCUCCAAAGUGGUUCCAAACGGUGAAGAACUUUGUUGACAGAGUAGAAGAUGAGGCAGAAGAGAGGAAAGACAAUCGCCUUCAAACGGUAGGGUGAACUUUAUUCUUUAAUCCUUUACAUCAGUUUUCUUAUUCUCCAUUCUGUCCUCCAUACAUUUCCUGAGGUGCUGACAAGGAGAAUUUAUUGAACAAUCAAGAGCUUCUUUAGUUGGUGAUAGAGACGUUUCCUUUAUUCUCGUGACCUUAGCAUGUGAUUCAGGGCUGAUAUCGUAAGGAUAAAUUAGGUGCUAAUUACUCUCAUGGGCCAGAGGGUUAAUGAAUAUUUUCUCCAGUUGAUUUAUAAGGUAUGUUUCUUUGUUAACAAUUAUUUGGCAGGUCACCGCUGACCCAUUUAUUAUCGUGUCUGAAGAAGAAGAAGGAAUCGAGGCGCCUAAAGUUCUUGGUGACAUCUUUGAAUCAGUAGCAGGCGCGAUAUUUUUGGACAGCGAUAUGGAUUUGACUAAAACCUGGGGUGUGUACUACCGCAUGAUGAAACCCUACAUCGGUAAGUUGGCCAUCGCCACCCGCGAGGGUGGAUCAACCUCCCAUCCUUAAAAGCCUUAUCAGCGGAGAGCUCCGAAGUUUUUUUCGCAUAAGCAAGGAAAGGAGUGAGAAUGAGUCAGAGAAAGUACAUUCAGCAUGGAGUUUAAGAAUUCAACCCUAGCUAUCAACUCCAAAGUGUAAAGGAAGGCACUUGAAUAACGAACCUAGAGGAAAGCACUAGAAAUAUUCAUUGAUAUGAUUUUUCUAUUCAGAUCAUUACUCAGUGAACAUACCGCGAAAUCCCAUCAGACUUGUCUACGAGGAAGACGAGAAGGCUGACUUUGGGUGAGUGUACAGUUCAGUACAGUUAUGCCGGGUUGGUUGACUCUCCCUGCAUACGUCUCAGACUAACUGCCUUAAAGGUGAAAACAAUUUUAGAGGGUAAUGGACUGCAUUUUUCCCAAAAACGAUAUUUAUGAACUGUGGAAGCAGUCUUUAAAAAAAAAAUUGUUCAUUAAAGUGUGGCAGAGUGCGGGAGACCUUUCCAAAAACAUGGGCAAAAAUAGUGUGGCGCAACAUGAAAUUUUCAAUAUUAUAUCUCGAGAUAGGGAGAUAUUGAGAAAGAUUACACAGAAUUUCGGCAGUGGCUCGGUUUUAUUUACCAAAUUGCAUGAUCUUACUCUUACAAAAAAGUUCACUUGUCCGCUCAUGAUCUGUACACCAGUCAGUAACGUAUUGAAAAGCGCGAAUGACAACACGCGCAUGAGAGUGGCCGCAUAAGGUUUACGUAACGCCAAGCGUUACUUGCUUUUUCAGGCGCGUGUUCUGGCGUGCGUUACUUUCAUCUCGCGCGUAUAACGAGUCAAAGAGGCCUUGUUUGCCAGUCGGCUAUCAAACAAUGAGUUCUUGAUCACGAAUUUUCAUGUUUUUUGUUUUGCUUUGUUUUCUCUAGGAAAGCAGAGACCCUUGAUGAUGGAAAGAUUCAGCUUACUCUGAGAGUGUACUGGGGAGAGUACACUGGAAAAGGACCGAACAAGAAGAUUGCUAAAGCUACAGCCGCCAAGCUUGCUAUUGAAGGACUGGAAAAGAAAUCUUCAGAAGAGAACGCUGCGGUAUAUAUUAGGCAGUUCGCAGAACCACAUAAGCAUAAGACUCGAAAGCGAAAACUCAACGAAUUAUUUACAGGUAUUCCAAUGAAAAUCCAUAAAUGUUCCAGUAAUCAAACCGAGUAA